UGGUGUUCUGACGCUGUGCCUCUUGUCUCUUCCAGCUCAGGGCUGAUGUUGUCCCAAAGACUGCAGAGAACUUCCGUGCCUUGUGUACUGGGGAGAAGGGUUUUGGUUACAAGGGCUCAACUUUUCACCGGAUCAUUAAUGACUUCAUGUGCCAGGGCGGUGACUUCACGGCAAAUGAUGGCACUGGUGGAAAGUCCAUCUACGGGGAAAAAUUUGCUGAUGAGAAUUUCAAACUGAAGCACGAAGGACCAGGUAUCCUGUCCAUGGCCAACUCUGGAAAAGACACAAAUGGUUCCCAGUUCUUUCUCUGCACCGUGAAAACUGAAUGGUUAGAUGGCAAGCAUGUUGUGUUUGGUUCGGUGGUAGAGGGCAUGGAUGUUGUCAGGAAGAUGGAAGAAACUAGCAAGCCGUCAGAAAAAGGUGGCACCAAAUCGAAGAAAUCUGUCCCUGUUGUCAUCACUGAUUGUGGACAGUUGCCCUAAUGUAUUUGCGUUUGGAAGCAUGCAGUUCAAAUAAAGUAUGAUCAUUUGUGACUCGCA